CUACUCCCACUUGCUUUUGGGUUUCAUUUGCUUAGAAUAUCUUUCCAUGCUUUCACUUUAAGCCUGUGUUUGUCUUUGCCAUUUCUUGUGGGCAAAAAAUGAUUGGAUAUGGUUUUUUAAUCCAAACUGCUAGUCUGUGUUUUGAUUGAAGAAUUGAGACCAUUAACAUUCAGAGUUAUUAUUGAAAGGUAUGUAAUAAUUUACUUCCUUCCUAUGCACAUCCUGCACUUUUUCCCUGCCUGACUAAUACUUAACCUGUUUGGAAAGACUCGAUUGUCUCCUCAGAGGUUCAUCUUCAAUGAGGACCCUACCUCCCUGUGAUUUAGGUACUAUUCUUGUGUGUGUCUCUCUCUCUCUCUAGUGUCACCUAGAAUAGCACACUGUAGUAUUCUGUUUAUGUGUCUGUCUCAUCCACUAGACUGUAAGAUGUUUGAAAUCAAGGGCUGUCUCAUUCCUUUUUCCAUGCCUGGAUGUGCGUGGAAUAUCUCAGUGUACAUUUGUCAGGUGCAUGAGUGCCACCACUUGGGAACUCUGCUUUGGAAAAGAGUAUAUUUCUUGGAAAAUACUUGUAGAUACCAAAUUGCUGACCAUUUCUCUCUCCCUUCCUUUCUUUUUGCUAGAUUAAGGUGACAGUGUCUGGUGGAUCAGCCGCCAUUCCACCACCCCUCUGCUGGGGGUGCUGAGUGGUGGAGCAUGGAGGACAGCAAGCACGAGAUGAUAAACCAAGCUCAUGUCCUCUUCGACCGAUUUGUCCAGGCCACCACGUGCAAGGGAACCCUCAGGGCCUUCCAAGAGCUCUGCGACCACCUGGAACUGAAGCCUAAGGACUACCGUUCCUUCUACCACAAGCUCAAGUCCAAGCUCAACUACUGGAAGGCCAAAGCCCUCUGGGCCAAACUGGACAAACGGGGUAGUCACAAAGACUAUAAAAAGGGAAAAGCAUGUGCUAAUACCAAGUGUCUCAUCAUUGGAGCUGGUCCCUGUGGUCUCCGCACAGCCAUUGACUUGUCCUUAUUGGGAGCCAAGGUGGUUGUUAUCGAGAAGCGAGAUGCUUUCUCCCGCAACAAUGUCUUACACCUUUGGCCCUUCACCAUACAUGAUCUGCGAGGUCUGGGUGCCAAGAAGUUCUAUGGCAAGUUCUGUGCUGGAGCCAUCGACCAUAUCAGUAUCCGUCAACUCCAACUCAUACUCUUGAAAGUAGCCUUGAUCUUAGGCAUCGAAAUCCAUGUCAAUGUGGAAUUCCAAGGACUUGUGCAGCCUCCCGAGGACCAAGAGAAUGAACGGAUAGGUUGGCGGGCACUUGUGCAUCCCAAAACUCAUCCUGUAUCAGAGUAUGAGUUUGAAGUGAUCAUCGGUGGGGAUGGCCGAAGGAACACCUUGGAAGGAUUUCGUCGGAAAGAAUUUCGUGGCAAACUGGCCAUUGCCAUUACAGCAAAUUUUAUUAACCGAAAUACAACUGCAGAAGCCAAGGUAGAGGAGAUCAGUGGUGUGGCUUUUAUAUUCAACCAAAAGUUUUUCCAGGAACUGAGAGAAGCCACAGGUAUUGAUUUGGAGAACAUCGUCUACUACAAAGAUGAUACACACUAUUUCGUUAUGACGGCCAAAAAACAGAGUUUACUGGACAAAGGGGUGAUACUGCAUGACUAUGCUGACACAGAGCUCCUGCUCUCCCGGGAGAACGUGGACCAGGAGGCCCUACUCAGUUAUGCCCGAGAAGCAGCAGACUUCUCCACCCAGCAACAGCUGCCCUCUCUGGAUUUUGCCAUCAAUCACUAUGGGCAGCCCGAUGUGGCCAUGUUUGACUUUACUUGUAUGUACGCCUCUGAGAAUGCUGCCUUGGUACGGGAGCAUAACGGACACCAGUUAUUAGUGGCUCUGGUUGGGGACAGCCUCCUAGAGCCUUUCUGGCCAAUGGGAACAGGUAUAGCCCGGGGCUUUUUAGCUGCUAUGGAUUCUGCCUGGAUGGUACGAAGUUGGUCUCUAGGAACCAGUCCCUUGGAAGUCCUGGCAGAGAGGGAAAGCAUUUAUAGAUUGCUGCCUCAGACCACCCCUGAGAAUGUGAGCAAAAACUUCAGCCAAUAUAGCAUCGACCCUGUCACUAGGUAUCCCAAUAUCAAUGUCAACUUCCUCCGGCCAAGCCAGGUGCGCCAUUUAUAUGAUACUGGAGAAACAAAAGAUAUUCAUCUGGAAAUGGAGAACAUAGUGAAUUCCCGAACUACCCCAAAGUUGACUCGCAAUGAGUCUGUAGCUCGUUCAAGCAAACUGUUGGGUUGGUGCCAAAGGCAGACAGAUGGCUAUGCAGGAGUAAAUGUGACAGAUCUCACCAUGUCUUGGAAAAGUGGCCUGGCCCUAUGUGCAAUUAUCCACAGAUACCGCCCUGAUCUGAUAGAUUUUGAUUCUUUGGAUGAGCAAAGUGUGGAGAAGAAUAACCAGUUGGCCUUUGACAUCGCUGAGAAGGAACUGGGCAUCCCUCCCAUCAUGACAGGCAAGGACAUGGCUUCGGUGGGGGAGCCUGACAAGCUGUCCAUGGUGAUGUACCUGACACAGUUCUACGAGAUGUUCAAAGACUUGCUGUCCUCUGGUGACACACUGGACUUGAAUGCUGAGGAGAAAGCAGUCCUGAUAGCAACCACCAAAUCCCCCAUCUCCUUCCUGAGCAAACUCGGACAGACCAUCUCCCGGAAGCGUUCUCCCAAGGACAAAAAGGAAAAGGACUUGGAUGGGGCUGGAAAGAGGAGAAAGACUAGUCAGUCAGAAGAGGAGGAAGCUCCCCGGAACUGCAGAGCAGAAAGACCAACACUUGUGAGCACUCUGACUGACAGAAGGAUGGAUAUUGCUGUUGGGAACCAGAACAAAGUGAAAUACAUGGCAACCCAGCUGCUGGCCAAAUUUGAAGAGAACGCACCUGCACAGUCUGCUGGCAUAAGGAGACAGCCGACACAAGAGCGUGGGGUCAGCCAGCCGUCCUGUUGCCUGCCUGAGCAGGGUCGCCCUGCUCCCAUCCCCCAGUGGAAACAGCGACGGGAAAAGGAACGUUCUCGGACCUGCCCUAAAAAAGUGAUCACACUCUGUCCUCCCCCUACUCCGCCUCCCUCUCGGGCAUACAGUGGCCAGCAGACAUACAGGGAUCUUGAUGCUGACAGCCGUGGCAAGCAGAGUCCCCGCCUUGAGAGGCCAGAGCCUGAACCUUCUCGUCGAUUUUUUGUCGACCAGUGGGAGCUUUCCCUUAGUCUCCGCUCCUCCCACCGCCCUGCCUCUCCCUCCUCCGACUCCCUCCGACAGAAGUAUAUAAAGAUGUACACAGGCGGAGUGAGCUCAUUGGCUGAGCAGAUAGCCAAUCAGCUUCAAAGGAAAGAGCAGCCCAAAACCCUUCUAGACAAGAAGGAACUGGGCUCCAUAAAGAAGGAAUUCCCACAGAACUUGGGGGGCAGUGACAUGUGCUAUUUCUGCCAGAAGCGGGUCUACGUGAUGGAGAGGCUGAGUGCCGAGGGCAAGUUCUUCCACCGGAGCUGCUUCAAAUGCGAGUACUGUGCCACCACCCUACGCCUCUCGGCCUACGCCUAUGACAUUGAAGAUGGUGAGUCUGUCUGCACUUAAGGCUUAGAAGCUGUGCAUGAGGGCAUGUUUGUCCAUUUGAGCUGGGAACCUGCAGGUCCUUGCUGCAUUCUUCUCUGUGUGUUUUUAUUGUGGUGGUGUUUGUUGUUUUUCUCACCCUUCCCAUUUCUGUCCCUUCAUUUUUUGGUUUUUCACUGAGACUCUUAUAAAUAUUUUUCCAAAGUUGCCAGACUAUUGUAGCAUUACUUAGUCAGGAUGGUAAUGAGAAUGACAGGUAUUUACCUAGGCCAUCUUGCUGAUUUCACUUGUUGUGUUACCUUUGGUGGGGUCUUGAGGUAAAAGGGACACAGCAAGGACACAUCCUGUUUUCUUUAUGAAAGGUGAGUCACAAGUCCAUUGAAGUCAUGUUUCUUGCAAAUGCCUGAUGACAGUAAUUUAAAACUAGAUCCCAGGCUUCUGCCUUAUGAAGCUGAUUGGAAUAAGCAUGGUGUUGCCAUCUUCCUCUGGGUUGAGCAUCUUUAUGCCCUGCACCUAAAGCAUGGAGCACUCAUUGACUCAUUGCUGGGGGCGUCAGACUGCUUAACUGUGAUCAAGGCCUGUGUCAGUGGCUGUUUUUACAGUGAAAAGAUGUGUGUAAACAGCCAAAUGAAGGCAGGCUGGCCUGGCCUACCA